AUGUUUCACUUAGAGUGGAUUGUGUUUAUAGCCCUGUUCUGUGCUGUGAGCGCGGCGGUGACUGUUAAUAUUUAUGAUGAAGAUAUGGAAUCUAAUAAAAUUGAGAAUGCGAGGAGUUGCAACUUUAGGCAGUGCGACCAAUUGUGCCGCCUCUUAGAAUUCCCCGGAGGACUGUGCGUGGAUGAUCACUGCAAAUGCUAUAAAGGAGAAGCAAAAGAGCCAACUGCUGAAAACAUAGCUGACUGUAAUGAUAGUACAUGUGACCAGUUAUGUCGUCGCAUGGGUUUCUUUGGCGGAAGCUGUGUGAAUAGCCACUGCAAGUGUGAUAAGUUUAAAGAACUGACUAAUGAAAAUGACGUCAAUAACUUACAGAGCUGUGAUAGUGCAGCGUGCAACCAGUUAUGCCAACUAUUUGGUUUUAGAGGAGGUAUAUGUUCCGAAAAUAACUGCAAUUGUUUUAGUUACCUUCAAAAUGAACUGACUAAUGAAAAUGACGUCAAUAACUUAAAGAGCUGUGAUAGUGCAGCAUGCAACCAGUUAUGCCAACUACUUGGUUUUAGAGGAGGUAUAUGUUCCGAAAAUAACUGCAAUUGUCUUAGUUACCUUCAAAAUGAAAUAACAUUAGAGAAUGAUUUGGAUAUUUGUAACCUGCGAAAAUGCGAUGAACAGUGUCGUCAUAUUGGUUUCAAAGGCGGCUAUUGUUUCGCAAGUCGCUGUGAAUGCAUAAUCUUUAGCGAAGGCGAUGUUAGAAUAGGGGGAAAAAAUAUAAAUGAAAUAAACAGUUGUGAUAACGGAGAAUGCGACCAACUUUGCCGUCGUCUCGGAUUUAAGCUAAGCGGAGUGUGCAACGGAAGCCGCUGCCGGUGCAGAAUAGCACUCGAAGACGAUGAUGAAUUAAUUGUCACUGAGAAAGACAAUAAAAAUGAUAUCCCCGCAAAUAAUGAAAUUAAUGAAUGCAAUGUUAAUUCAUGUAAAAUAUCGUGCCAUGUUCGUGGAUACAAGGGAGGCAAUUGCUUUGGUAACCAUUGUAAAUGUUAUGCUAAAGAAUCUGGUAAACUGAAUGCUUUAGGAACAUGUGAUGAUAUUGCCUGCAAUAUAAUUUGUGCAGAAAAUAAUUACGUCGGUGGGUUCUGCCAAGAAGAUAACUGCUAUUGUUUU